UAACUUUUUGCCAACUGUUGAGUUGGACAGGAAGAUCAAGGUAUUUAAAGGGAAAGGCAUCUCCUCAAUUUUCCCUUUCUUUGCAAACAAGACACUGUUUUACUUUCUUUGCUCUUAGGCAAAAACCAUAAUCUUCCCCUAAUAUUCAAACACUGAAAUGCGUCCAUAUCAAUUUCCUAUUCCAUUCAUUUCCCUUUUCCUAUUCUUAUUUUUUCUACCUUCAUUUCCCAUUCUUGGAUCCACCUCUGAACUGACAAAUUUUGUUUACAAAGGCUGUGCAAACCAAAAAUUCCAAGACUCAACUGGGGUUUACACCCAAACACUCAACACCCUUUUUGACAACUUAGUUUCUCAAUCCUCCUCCACUAAGUUCCACAAAACCACCGCCGGCGGUGGCCAGUCAGCAAUUUCCGGUCUCUUCCAAUGCAGAGGCGAUCUCUCUAACAACAACUGCAACACUUGCAUUAAAAAAAUCCCAGAGAUGUCCCAAAAAUUGUGCGGGCAAUCAAUAGCUGCAAGAAUCCAGCUCAAUGGUUGUUACUUGAGGUACGAAGUUGCUGAGUUUCAGACAGUGGGUCCCACCGAGUUGCUGUACAAGGUGUGCGCGUCAACUCGAGUGAGUGGAGAUGGUUUUCUGGACAGGCUGGAAACAGCACUAGGAGAGAUAGCUAAAGGAGUUUCUUCAAGUGGUAAUAAGGGGUUUUAUACAGGUGGUUAUCAGUCGGUUUAUGUGUUAGGUCAAUGUGAAGGUGAUUUGGGAAGUGGGGACUGUGUGAACUGUGUGAAAAAUGCUGCUGAGAAAGCCAAAAGCCAAUGUGGUUCUUCCAUUUCUGCUCAAAUUUAUCUGCAACAGUGCUACAUUAGUUACACUUAUUAUCCCAGUGGUGUUCCCACUAAAUCGUUUUCUCCAUCAGGUGGUGCAGGAAUAAGGAAGAGUACACAGAAGACGGUGGCUAUUGUCUUGGGUGGACUGGUUGGUGUGGGGUUAGUACUUGCUUGUUUGCUAUUUACAAAAUCAGCAUUCAAGAAGAAGAGUUAUGUCAAGUAUGGAGGAUGAGGUAGGUCCAAUGGCUGAGAAAUUUGGUAGAGCAUUGAGGGUUUGGGCCAUAGAGAAUGUAAUUACAUAGUGUAAAUUUAGGUUUGAUGAUUUGGAUUGUGUAAAGAGAAAGGAGGUAUGGAUAUGGUGAUGAAGGAGAGGGAGAUCUGCUUUUGCAACUUUGUUUUGGCUCCAACUUCCAGGAUUUGCCUUCUCCUCAAAGUUUUCUCCUUUGAAUUACAAGUAGCAGUUGUACUGUAGUAGUGGUAUCAACUAGGCAAGCAUUGGUUGAAGUAUGACUAUUUUCCUUUUCUUUUUCUAAACAUCAUAUGAAUGUACAUCCACAUAUGUAUUACAAUAUAAUGAGAAACUAUGGAUCAAUAUUGUGCA